ACCCCCGGAACGAUUCAAGUUUGAAAUGGUAUUUUAGUUAGGGAAGGUACUUAAGAGGGAUUAUGAAUCAUGGAUAUAAAUCAUGGAUAUAAAUCAUGGAUAUAAAUCAUGGAUAUGAAUCAUGAAUAUGAAUCCGUCCCGCGCAUCGAUAUCUGGAUCUCAUGGCCUGAUGAUUUGAUCAACACUUCCCGUUCUAGCGCCCUCGAUGUCCUCGGGAGCCCGACGUUAAUUGAUGAAGUACGGAGUAGAGUGAUUCAUGGGCUGAUGGACUUGCUUCAUUCGUUCGGCUCCCGACGUCUGGGGUCCCUCAUCCCAUUCCGGAUCUACGGCGAUCUUGAAAAGAUUCAAAGGAUUCAAAGGAAUACUAACAACCAAAUAAUAAUAAUAAUAAUAAUAAUAAUAAUAAUAAUUACGAUAUUAUUACCAGGGAAUCCAAACCUUGAAGCUCACAUGCUUUGGUUACUGGUACCUAAUGAACAUGCAGUGGUCACAGUUGCUUCCAAUGAGUGGCACUGGGGAGGGUCCUGUUAGGUAAUAAGUAUAAAGAGGAUGCAUAACUAUUCGUCAGAAUGGGCAUAUUCUGCCAAAAGUAGAAGGGAAAAAAAUAUAUAUAUAUCCAAACGCUCUGACCACUACCCAGAACAUUAUUA